AUGAGCGACAACCAUCACCUUCUGUCGAAGAGUCCGAUUUCUGCUCUCGAGAAAAUUCCUAAAAUAGCCGCGUGGCUUAAUAUUGACGACCCAUGCCCACCGGAUCCGGUGAAGACUUACCGUUCGUCCACUACCUCAAACUCCUUUCCCACGAUUGCUACGGACACAUCGGAAAAUACUCUUGGCUACUUGAAGUUUGAGUCGUUCCGGUCUUGUACCCUCCGCAACAAUGGAAUCGAACUGCUCCGCCCUUACACCACGCUUCCAGAUUGGGUCCAGGAGCAUAUCGACCAAGUGAAUAGUGUAGAAGGGGAUGAUAUUCCUACUAUAACGCGGAUCUUGGCCGGCAUUGAGAAAUGGAAAGCUGAUGGUUAUCCUCGGCACGAGAACCAGCCGAUUGGGCGUCGUGGGAGGGAGGAUGAUCAGGACGAAGACGAAGACGAGGAUGAGGAUGAGGGCGAGGAUGAAGACUACUAG